UACAACUGGCCGCCCAUCUCCGCGGUCCGUGCAGAAUGGGGGAGAUGACCGGAGGCGACCGCCCCCCUUCCCCCGCUCGCCUAUCUCACUCCUCCGAAAAACAUCCCAAGACCACUCUAACGGAACUCAAUCUCCUCCGUCGGCAUCGGGAGCUCUGCGACGUUGUUUUAAAUGUGGGGACUCGCAAAAUAUUCGCUCACCGAGUAAUUCUGAGCGCGUGCAGUCCCUACUUCCGGGCGAUGUUCACGGGGGAGCUCGCGGAGUCUCGCCAGACUGAAGUGACCAUCCGCGACAUCGACGAGCUGGCCAUGGAUCUGCUCAUAGACUUUUGUUACACUUCUCACAUCGUCGUGGAGGAAUCGAACGUGCAGAUGCUGCUGCCAGCGGCUUGCCUCCUGCAGUUGACCGAGAUACAGGAUAUUUGUUGCGAGUUCCUCAAGCGGCAGUUGGAUCCUUCGAACUGUUUGGGCAUCAGGGCGUUCGCGGACACUCAUUCGUGCCGGGAGCUGUUGAGGAUCGCCGAUAAGUUCACGCAGCACAACUUUCAGGAAGUUAUGGAGUCUGAGGAGUUCCUGCUGCUGCCCAUAGGUCAGCUAGUCGACAUUAUAGCUAGUGAUGAACUCAACGUACGUACAGAGGAACAAGUUUUCAACGCCGUCAUGUCGUGGGUUAAAUAUAACGUUUCCGACAGGAGGCAGCACCUUCCCCAAGUAUUGCAACAUGUUCGCCUGCCCUUGUUGAGUCCCAAGUUUCUGGUGGGUACGGUGGGGUCGGAUUUGUUGGUUAGAUCUGACGAGUCUUGCAGAGAUCUGGUAGACGAGGCGAAGAAUUACCUGCUGUUACCACAAGAAAGGCCGCUCAUGCAAGGGCCUAGGACGCGGCCUAGGAAACCGACUCGAAGAGGAGAAGUAUUAUUUGCCGUCGGAGGAUGGUGUAGUGGUGACGCAAUAGCCUCGGUUGAGAAAUUCGAUCCUCAAACAAUGGAAUGGAAAAUGGUCGCUCCCAUGAGCAAAAGGAGAUGUGGUGUGGGCGUGGCAGUACUCAAUGAUCUUUUAUACGCGGUGGGCGGUCACGAUGGCCAAAGUUACCUGAACAGCAUCGAAAGGUAUGAUCCACAAACAGAUCAAUGGUCGUGUGACGUUGCACCAACUACUUCCUGCAGGACUAGUGUGGGGGUUGCGGUGUUGGAUAAUUUGUUGUAUGCCGUUGGAGGUCAGGACGGUGUUCAGUGUUUAAACCAUGUCGAAAGGUACGAUCCGAAGGAGAACAAAUGGACCAAAGUUGCGCCGAUGACUACCCGACGGUUAGGAGUCGCCGUAGCGGUGCUCGGGGGUUACCUCUACGCGAUUGGGGGCUCGGACGGUCAGUCACCCCUGAACACUGUAGAGAGAUAUGAUCCUAGGCAUAACAAAUGGACUUUGGUGAGUCCGAUGUCAACCCGUCGGAAACACUUGGGAUGCGCCGUCUUCAAUAACUUGAUUUAUGCAGUCGGAGGAAGGGAUGACUGCAUGGAAUUGAGUAGUGCGGAAAGAUACAAUCCACACACGAAUUCUUGGAGUCCGAUAGUGGCUAUGACAUCAAGGCGUAGUGGGGUUGGGUUAGCGGUUGUUAACGGGCAGCUAUAUGCAGUGGGUGGUUUUGAUGGAACUGCUUACUUGAAAACAAUAGAAUUUUACGACACUGAGCAAAAUCAAUGGAGACUGUGCGGAUCUAUGAACUACAGACGACUAGGCGGCGGAGUAGGUGUGAUGAGAGCUCCUCAAACAGAAAAUCGCAUUUGGUAGUUGAGAAACUAUAUAUAUACAUAUUAUCGAUAAAAACUAUCUGGCCCUCUUGAUGUGAAAAAUUUUAUAUUUAUUGUUGAUCAUCUAUUUAUCCUAUACAUAUAUGAUCUGUGAAUCAAUAAAUUUCGUUGGUGAUCAGGUAUUAAGUUGGCAGCUAAUGAAAUAUGUUGAAUUUUCAGAUUCUUGAAAGGUUGUUGAUGAACUGGAUGUAACUUUGUGUUUUAAUAUUCUAUUUUUAUUUUAGAUGAUGUUGAAAAUAUAGGCAUUGUAUGAAGGUGUUUACCAGGAUCACACCUGGGCUGUAAUAUAUUUAAUUGUGUAUGAAAUUAUUACACGUUUGGGGGGUGCACAUUCAGCCAAACACGACUAACACGUUUUAAUUUUGAUUGUCUGGAAUGUAUAUGAAAUAUUCAUCUGUAAUUUCUUUGUGAUAAAUAUAUAGAGUCUCUUGAACAAUUUGCCUAGGCUCUCUCAGUGAUUACUUUGAGAUUGGAGACUGCUUUAUGUUGAAACAACAUAUGAAAUUUUAACUGCGUCAAGGAGAGAUGCAAACAUACCAAGAAAAUUAUUAUUUUGAAUUGAAAAUAUUAAUUUCUCCCUACACAGCAGGUUCUAACAAAUGCCUCACCCAGAAAACAACUACUUUCCUGACUAACACCAAGACUGACAUUAGAUUAUAUUCAACAGACAUUUGUGCAAAUUUUCUCGCAGAGAAAAUUCUUGCAGAUGCUUCUCUUUCGUCCAGCAACAGGACCUUUCUGAAAUCGAUUUCAGAGUAUUUCUCCUAUAUUGAAGUUAAGGGGACGACAUCUGUUAUGAAGAUGUUAUCUAUGGGAUGGAUUGCCGAAUAAGAUUCGUCCUCUGGCGUUCCCUGCAAAACAUUCAUGAUCCAACACGCUGUUUCGAAUCACCAAAGAACUCAUCAGAGGUGUUAGGCUAAAGCUUAGCCUGAUAUAUUACAUCUCCAAAGGCAGAAUGAAUCUCGUUUGGGAAAGUCAAAGCUUGACUUUGCAACCUUGUCUGAAGUCCAGAAAUGCAUUUCACCUCAAUAAAGUAGUGACAUUUUAAUCUUGUGAACUCAAGCUCAGGAAACAUCACUUGUACCAAAAUUCUAAUAGAAAUAGAAUCAGUCUCAAAACCCAAUGUCUGUUAUGGUAUUAGCCAGGAAUUUUUUCUAUUUUGGCAGGAAUUUCACAGAUCCUACUGUAUAGGAUUGUUAGGAUAUUUCAAUUCAAAGUAUUAUUUUUUUAAACAGGUUUUAAUCAUCUAUUAUACAUCAACAUAUGGCGAACUUCAUGUGGGGGUCUCAAUGUUAUAUUAGAUCAAAAGUAUACAAUUUAUUGAAUUGGUUGAACUUGGGGUGGGUAUUUUUAUUGUAAAUUUUGAUCAGAGAUAUGGUGUUGUUUUGAAAAGUUAAUUUAGCAAUAUUUCAAUAUUUAACAAAAUUUAUAAGAUUAAAGUAUUAAAAAUGAAGCAAAACUGUACCAAAGAAAAAUGUUGAAAUUGAUUUAUUGUGAAAUAAUAAAGAAGCUACAUGUAGG